UAUUAGGCUAUAUUAGCACCUCCCUCGUGCUUUGCUCUCGCGUAGCAAAUCGAGCGCACCUCUCUGCGUUUCGAACACGUGACGCGUCACAUCAAGAGUUAGUUAAAGCUAGUAAAGCGUGACCUCAGAGGAAAGCUAAGUAGACUUUAUUUGGAAAGGAGAGGAUAAUGGCUGCUAAAGAAAGAAUUCCGUUGGUUGAAAAGCGAGGUAAAACUACUUCAGUGGUGUGGAAAUAUUACGGGUUCGCAGAGUCAGACGUGAAUCAAGUCGAUAUAGUGUGUAAACUUUGCUACGGUGUUGUAGCUGCACCACAGGGCAACACUACCAAUUUAUUUAAUCAUUUGAGGACCGCUCACAAAGUAACAUACGAUGAAACAAUGAAGGAGCAUAGGGAAAAACCCUCAACAACACCGGCUUCAUCCUCACAGACCUCCAUUCACGCUACCCUGUACAACGCGACUAAAUAUCCCACCAGCUCCCAGAGGCACAAGGAGAUAACAAACGCGGUAACUUUUUUCCUCGCCAAAGACCAAUGCUCAGUCAACACAGUGAACAACCCCGGCUUUAAGAAGCUAAUCAACACUUUGGACAAACGGUAUAACUUGCCAUCUCGUCACUAUUUUAGUCGAGUGGCGAUUCCCGCUUUAUAUGAUGAGUGUCAUGAUGGUGUCACAAAGGAAGUGGCUACAGCCCAAUAUUUUUCCACCACAACGGACUUGUGGUCAAGCCGCACCAUGGAGCCGUAUUUGAGCCUCACGGUACAUUUCAUUGACAUGGAUUUCAACAUGAAAACGAAAUGUCUUCAGACAUCAUUUUUCCCAGAAGACCACACAGGGCAGAACAUGGCUGCAGGUCUGAAACAAGCACUGGCUACGUGGGAUCUGGAGGAGAGUAAACUCGUCUGUAUAACCACAGACAACGCUGCAAACGUCAUACUGGCUGCAGAACUGAAUGGCUGGAUGAGGCUCCAGUGCUUUGGGCACAGAUUACAUUUGGCCAUAGAAAGAGCCAUGAAAGAUCACAGGAUUGAGCGUGCAGUGGGGGUCUGCAAAAAAGUGGUCAGCACCUUUUCAUUCAGUUGGAAAAAAAAGAGAGAGCUGAAAAAGGCACAGAUAGACCUCAAACUGCCAGACCACUCCUUAAAGACCGAGUGUCCAACCAGAUGGGGAUCUAGGCAGGCCAUGGUUUCCAGAGUCCUUGAGCAGCAGAAGGCCAUUGCCCAUGUCCUCUCCCAAGACAAAGGAACUAGGCACCUCAUCCCCUCAUGGCAGGACAUCGAUGUCCUUGAGGCCAUCAACAAGACCCUGGGACCUCUGGUUGAAUUCACUGAUGCACUUUCUGGAGAGAAAUAUGUGAGUGUGUCUUUAAUAAAACCAACACUCCACCUAUUUAACAACUCAAUCCUGGCUGAGCAAGAUGAUGACACAGACCUCUCAAAAUGCAUCAAGAGGAGAAUACUGGAGUACCUAAAUGAAAAGUAUGGUGACUCACCAACACAAGAGUUGCUUGACAUGGCCACUGUCCUGGACCCAAGGUUCAAACUGAGAUAUGCAAGCGAGGUCAGCCAAGAAACCAUCAAAGCCAGACUGACAAUGGAAAUGAAGUUCAUCAUGGAGGCUGCAGUGAUGGGGGCACCCAUUGGUAACACGGAGGUUGCUGAUGAUGGUGCAUCGAACCAAACGAAGAGGAAAAGGGGCCUAAGCAGCUUCUUUAAGGCCCCUCACAGCCCAGCAGCUCCAGGUGCAGAACAUACUCUUCAACUGGACCAGGCCAUAGCUUGUGAGCUUCAGGGGUACCUCCAGGCUGGGACCCUGGACACAGAGGAAGACCCACUGGGGUGGUGGAAGCUAUCACAGAACCUCUUCCCACGACUCUCCAUCCUGGCAAAGAAAUAUCUUUGCAUCCCAGCCACAAGUGCCUCAUCAGAAAGGGUCUUCAGCACUGGUGGAAAUGUUGUCAACUGCCUGCGUGCAUCCCUAAAGCCUGACCAUGUUAAUAGGCUGGUGUUUUUGGCUAAAAACCUUUGA